AUUUUUUUCACUUGACUGUCUGUAAUAAAAUUAGAACAUUGUUCCAAAAAGCAUGGGAGAAUCUGCUUGCCUCAUGCAGCCAUUCUCAUACGCAGCUCCACAGGGAGAUUCUGUUGGUGCUUUAGGACAGUCUGUGUCCUUUGGGAGAUUCAUGUCUGAGAAACUUGACUGGGAAAAAUGGUCAUCUUUCCCUACACCGAACCGUUACGUAGCAGAGGCAGAGAGAUAUUCUAAGCCAGGGUCUGUGGCUCAGAAGAAAGCCUUUUUCGAAGCUCACUACAAGAAACUCGCUGCUGCAAGAAAAGCUGCUGCUGAAGAGGCACUGUUGCUCCGACAGCAAACGUCUUUACCUGAACCUGAUGAGUUGCUUCCGGUUCAAGAAGAUAUCAAUGGUGGAGGAAAGAAAGAAUCAAACCCGGUUCUUGAGAUUCCAAGAGAUGCUGAAAUGAAGAUACUUGCAGAAAAAGUAAACAGGUUUGAUGAGAAAGAGAACCGUGGGAAAGCCGAGUCAGAGAUCAAUGGGAAAGGCUCUAAAGUUAAAGAAGAACAACAGGUGGAGAAAACGCCUAUGAUCCUUAAGAAGAAGAAAUCAAAAGAACCACAACCAAAGAGCAGUUCAAAACCAAGAGUCUCUAAUAAGCUCAAUAUAUCGGAGAGGACACCAAGUAAAAAGCAAAGCAGCUCUUACAAUUUCACACCUGCAAAAGAGUUCAAUAGGUUAGUGUCCAUCAUAAGGAAGAUUGAUGGGUCAAGAACUUCUUCUAAACAAACCAAAGAAUACAAAACUCCUCUCCGGACACCAUCAAGCAAUAAGGUGUCUGCAAAGGGAAUUAUGGAGGACUCUAUGUCCACACCUUUAUCUAGUAACAGAAGAGGGAAAAUAGCUCAGGAUUCUUCUACAAAGACAUGUCGAGGAAGAUGGAGUUUCCUCCCUGCAGAGACACCGAGCUGUUUCACACCGUUUAGCUUAAGGACAGAGGAGAGAGCAGAGAGAAGAAAAAAGAAGCUAGAGGAGAAAUUCAAAGCUGCACAGAAGGAGAAAGAGGAGGAGGAGGAGAGGAGUGUCGGGAAAGAAGAGAGUAAACUACGUCAAAGACUAUGCUUCAAGGCGAAGCCACUUCCAAAUUUCUACAAACAAAGACCUAAAUCCACUGACCAAACUAAGAAGGCUCUGUUACGGUAGCAAACAGAGAGAGAGAUGUUAAAGGUAAGAAGUACUCUGUUUUCUUCUUUCUUUCUCUUUUUAAUUUUACAAGGAGACACAUUGUAUUUGAUCAUUAUAUUUGAUCAUUGUAUUAAUAUUUGUAAUUUUGUGUUCUAUAUAUAUUUUUCUUCUUUCAAAAACCGACAAAACAAGCUGUAAACUACUACGUAGACAAAGCAUUU